AUGGUCAGCAGCAUAUCUCUCAAAAACAAAAUGGCGGCAAAAAUUAGCGGUGUUCUCAUUGAUCUGAGCGGGACCAUUCACGUCGAAAAUGCGGUGAUGCCUGGAGCAAUUCAAGCUCUUAAAAGGUAAUUGUUCAAAAAUAUAGUUAAAUCUGCUCGCAGAUCGUUAUAGGUGAAAGUGAGUCCAAUAUCUGUCCUGGUAUUCCUACGACUUAGAGCCGGUGAAAUUAUUCUCGGAUUUGACGAUUUUAAUAGUCUGUCACGAUACAUUUAUCUCUCGCUAUUGGGCAUUAAGAACGUCGAUCUUAGGUGUUGCUGUAUAUACGGGCCAUUUGCUCCUUUUAUGGGUAUAAAUACUCUGAACUCCGGUAAGAUUUCCUGAUAACCCCACCCAGGAUUUGUACUGUGGAUUUCAAGUUUCAGGGAUGAUCGAAGGAUUUUUUUGGGUUUGAAAUUUUAGAUUUCAGGAUUUUUUUGGGUAGGAAAAUUUUGGCAAGUAUUUUUUUUUGGUAGCUUGAUUUAAGUAGGGAUUUUUUGGGGUUAUAAUAUGAUAGUUCACGUGUAUCCCGGCCGCGUAGUUCCUCUGGAAAUUUUUAUGGCUCGGAAAUUCGGCAUGGGAUUUUUUGGGGGUUAAAUUUUGGUCCAGGGAUUUUUUUGGGUUUUGUUUGAAGCCCAAGAGAUUUUUUUGGGUUUUGAUUCUUGCCCCCAUUCGAUCAUCCCUGUCACUUGAAAUCCGGAGUUAACCCCCAAGGUAACCCUAUACAUUUAUUGCAUGGCAUGCUUUUUCUCACAAAUAGUUAAUAUGAAUAGAGUCAAAUGAUGCAUGCUUAAUUGCUGGUUAGCUUGUGACGUCAUGGCAGCUAUGUUGGUGGUCAAGCACAAAAGCAUUUUUCUCCUCUUGGGAAGUAUAGAUUAAAAUAACACUUUCUCCUGGUGGAUUUACCUGAAUUUUGCUGCUCCAUGACCACAUGAAAUAUCAGAAGCCCUGUUUAUAGCAAGAGCUUUGCAUGAUGAAGCCAGUUGGUGUCCUUCUCAGGGGCACCAAUUUAGUGGCUGGAAAUGGAGUGAAACAACUGUUAUUUUUGAUAGAUUGAGGAACAACAUUCACCCUCUGUUCCCUAAAAAUCCUCUUGUCUGUGAACUGCAUAUAUUUUCUUAUAUUUUCACAGACUUAGAAAGACUGGUGUGUCUGUUCGAUUUGUUACUAACACCACUAAAGAGUCAAAAGAUACAUUGCUGAAUCGUCUGAAUGGCUUAGGAUUUGACAUCAAAUCAGAAGAAGUUUUUACUUCACUUACCGCAGCACGACGGGUGGUAAAAAAGAGAAACUUGCGACCUUUAUUAUUCUUGGGAUCAGAUGCAAGCAAGGAUUUUCAUGGAAUUGAUGUCAAUAAUCCCAAUGCUGUUGUAGUGGGACUCGCUCCUGAUUGUUUCAGUUAUGACAUGCUCAAUAAGGCAUUCAGGUACUGGACCUAUUGCCUUAUUUUUUCUACUCUUUAUUUUAUUAGAUUCACCUAUUCUUGGCAGUUUUACUGCAACAUUGUGGUUCAGGCCUGUGACCAUUCCCCUCCCCCAAGAAAGAUAAGAAAUGUAAACCACACCACCAGGGCCAUGCAUUCCAACUCUUUUUGAAAAUUAGCCCACAAUUUUUUUUUUAUGUCCCCUUCUGAUUGAUAAGGAAUGGUGAAGGAGACAAGACCAACUGUUUCCAGUGUGUAAUGUCACCACCCAGUGAUGCAAUCAUCAGAACCACUCAUAAAUUCAGGUCUAAAGUCACGCAUGAUCUUAACAGAUUUUUUCUUGUUUUUUUUUUCCCGCUGAAAUCCAGUUGGAAUCCAUUUUACACUGUGGAUAAUCCACAUUUAGCUUGGUUCUUUGCCUGCCAAUUGAUUGGUCCAAAUAAAGUUAAAACUUGUACACAAACUGCUGUGUUUGUACUUUUUUUUUUUAAAUCCCACAAGGCAAAAUAAUGCUGAGUAUGCUUUUCAGUACACAUUUAAAAAUUAAAAAGGGCAAAACUGAAAGAAGUAGAAGAAAAAAGAGAAAGAAUUAAAUACUUAGGGACCUUCACAACAGGAUAUUCGUGAGGGGUCACCCAUCUGGUUCCUAACCCCGCCCAACGCAGUUUAACUUGAAUUGCGCUACCAAGAGUGAAGUUUUGGAAGGGUUGAUGUGAGAUUCAGAUUUCUAGUCAAAUAUCCUAAUAUUAUUGAUUGGUCUGGCACUCACUGUAUCCAAGAUGGCCACCUGUGAUUCAAAGCACUCGAUCUAGACAAUCUUUUGGAAAAAAUAGCGGACUGUAAACAGUCUAGGUCUUAGGAGGAUUUACGGUGUUGUACUUUUUGUCAACCUUUUACAGGCUUUUGCUGGAUGGUUGUCCACUCAUAGCAGUUCACAAAGUACGAUACUACAAGAGAGGAGAUGGACUGGCACUAGGUCCAGGUCCCUUUGUAACAGCUCUUGAAUUCGCUUCAGACGUCAAAGCUGAAGUUAUCGGCAAACCACAGCCCACCUUUUUUGCACAUGCGUUGGAGGAAAUGAAGUGUGAUCCACAGUCCACAGUCAUGAUUGGUGAUGUGAGUUAAAUCUCGAAUAGUUUUACAGUAAAUACUGAAUUUUCACUGUUCCUGAGUAAUUGUUGGCUAGUAUAAAGUGAACAAAAUUUGCCAAAAGAGAUACCAUUUAUUUAGCCUGUGUGGCAGGUGCUAUUACCACUUUUUUUUGGUUAGUUUUCAUGGAGCACAUGAGGGAAGCACACAAAGGAAAGAGAAGGUCUUCUCUCCUUUUCUUCCCUCCUGCACACACUUACAGUUAAAUUUACUGUGUACACCCUACCCCCCACAUUUGAGGAUUAUUGGCCUUCCAAUUUCUCCCUUCACCCAACAAAAAACCAGUGUCUGCUACACAGGUUAUGAUUAUUUUAUUAUGAAAAAGUCUUAUAUCUUAAAGGAGCUGUGUCAUGAUACAGUGCAAACUGCCACCAAACUUAGUGAAACAUAAAAAUUUCGGCUCAAAACAUGAAAAGAAGAUAAUAACACAGCAAAUAUCAAAGGAGACUCAGAUAAACAAACUUGAGGAAGAUUCAAAUGGAUUGCAAUUAUUGUGGUUUUUUGGUUUUUAAAAAAUUGUUAGCCUAAUAGUUUUUCAAAGUCAUUUCAUUGUUUGUAACGUAGUAGGGGCACCGGAAAAAGAAAAAAAAUAGCCAGCUGUCUCAAUCCCUCAAGCAGGCCAUACCUUCUCUUAAUCACAACAAAGAACAAUGCGUGCCUACUGGUCACCAGUUGUACUUGUGUAAAGCUGAAAUAUUUGGUCUUAUCAACGUUUGUCCAAAUGUGUUGGUCAAUGCUCAUCCUCACAGCCUGUAUAGACUUACAAGUACAGCGUACCUUGUCCUUUUGUGUUGUACUGUGUACGUUGUUGUAGGGUUAUUUUCAGAGUUAAAUGGGUUGGGGGGGAGGGUGGCGCAGCGGGGAAAGAACUCCCCCUCACCAAUGUAGCCCUGGUUAAAAUCCCGUAGUCGGUGCCAUAUAUGGGCUGAGUUUGUUGCUGGUUAUCUCCUUUGCUCUGAGAGGUUUUUCUCUGGGUACUCCGGUUUUCCCCUCUCCUUAAAAACUAACACUUUCAAAUUUCAAUUCGAUCUGGAACGCAUGGACACGUUUCAACGAGUUCUUAAGAACUCCUAAGUGCGUCAUUGGUAAACAAAUCACAAAUCACACGAAAGAGCUUGCAAUUAUCUGUAUGUACAUUCAGUUUUCUUGCUGACAUGUUUAGCUGAAAAUUAAUGAAUCAGGGUAACUUUAAGUCUGUGAUUGUCAGGGUUUAUUAGCAGGCACAGACUUAAAAAUAUUCAACGCCAUUUUUGUCUUUAGGAUGUAAGAGACGACAUUGGUGGAGCAGAAGCUAUUGGUAUAAAAGGAUUUCUUGUACAAACAGGUUAGUUUAUUCCUUUCAUGUAAACUCAGGCUACUCUCAGACGGAACCGGGCAAAUUUUCGACCGGUUGAAAAUUCGUGGGUUUAGUUGUUUCAUUCACUGGGAACCACCCUAACCGUGCAAAAAUUCAGACGCCUAGCCGUUCAAAGUUUCUCUUGAACAGUCCUUGGUGAACAAAGUAGGGACUUAGAGAUCCAACGAUCUUUCCGUCUUUUUUGAAAUUAUUCCUACCCACUUACUUUGUCAAAAGUAGGCGAACCCUCCUGAAGUUGAAUUCCUAGGGACCAUAUCCAAGUGUAGAAAGAGAAACAAAAUUUCGUCGUUGCUUGUUUACGCACUCCAUAAAACUUGAACAGGCAUGUUCACGUCGCAGUCGUGCAAAAACGGGCAAAGAAAUGUACAAAAAAUGCGUGGUGCACGUGCAAAGUUGUUGUUUUGCUAAUAAAACCUAUUGUUUUUUUGACGUUCUCGUUAACGUCCGCGUCGUAGGAUCUUAAAGUCCCUAGUAGAGUCCGGUCAAAUUUUUCAGCCUGACGAAAAUUCGUCUGUUGCACUGUGAACGUAGCUUCACACUCGCUUUCUAUUAUUUUACCAUAACCCUUGUCAAAACAUAUAAUUUUCAACCAUUCCUUAAAAUUGUGUAAAUAUGGAAAACUUCAUGGAAAGUGGGUGCGAACGGAAUUUACGCUCGAGUUGCUGACGUAUCAGAAAUCGAACGAGUGAGCGCAGCGAACGAGUGAGAUUUCUAACACAAAAACGAGUUCCGAAAUCCUAAAAUGCCAAAAUAUCCCGCUACACGCCGCGAAAUAACAAAGAAAACGAAGUACAUUAGCAUUAAAAAAACGCUUGGUAAAAAAUUAUGAGGGUGAGGAUAUGAAGUAAUCCAGGAAUCAUACGUAAUAUUUAACUUUUUUUCUGAAUGUACAAAUAAAAAUGAUAAUUUUGACGAAAAUGACCGGUUUGUCUAAAGAGGCGGGAAUUUUGACGCGAAACUCACACACCUCUGUAGCUUUUGAUUGAUGGACGUAUAUUUUCUCACACGUGAAAAAACAUCGUUCGCGAUUCUGAUUUGACGUAUUGAGUGAAAAGCAUCGUUCGCUCCUCUGAUUGGCUAUGCGUAUGAAAAUUUACGUCAUAGCUUCUCAGUGAGUUAGUAUGUACAUAUCUGUGAUCUGUUAAGGUUUCCGAGUAGUUUUUAAAGUGUAUUAGAUAUACUUUGUGAAUUCCUGCCUCUUGAAGAACUACUUAAAUGAUCUUCCAGGUAAAUACCGGGAAGGAGAUGAAAAUCGCCUUGAGAAACCACCUUUUGCUGUCUGUAAAGACUUCUCUGCGGCCGUUGAGCAGAUUUGUACAAUGUUAUGACAGACGCAUCUCUGGAGGUUGGGCGAUGGAAAGAAGACAUUCACCAAAGUACUGCAGAAUGGGAACCUAUCAUUGUGCUUUUCCAUCGUGGUAGUUCUUUCAUGUGAAGGAGACAAACAGCUAAAAAGCGGCAUGUUAGUACUGAGAGGACGGAGCUCUAGAUACAAAGCAAACUCUUGAGAGCUUUAUUGCUCGUCUUUCGCGAUGGCAUCAUUUAACUACAGCUAUUAACUUUGAGUUAUCCUUUCUUAAUAGAUCGCAUUUGAGAGAAGUCCGAGUAAGUUUUAGUAACCUUGUAGCCCAAUAAAUAUUUACAAGAAAACAAAACCCACAUUAUUUUAGUAGUCGGUUAAAGUGAUACCAUCCUGCACAUAGC